AUGGCGCAAGAGAACAAUGCAUUACACAUAGCAAGAUUCUUCAUCUUCAUCAUCAUCAUCUUCUUCUUAACUAUAAUCUCAACUUCAUCUGCUUGGGUUGGUGUUAACUGGGGAACAAUGACAACACAUCAACUUCCACCUAAGAAAGUUGUGAAAAUGCUUAAAGAAAAUGGGUUUCAAAAAUUGAAACUAUUUGAUGCUGAUGAUCGCAUUAUGAAUGCUUUAAUUGGUACUGAUAUUGAAGUUAUGGUUGCAAUUCCAAAUAUUAUGUUGAAUAUUAUUUGUAACAGUCUUAAAGCUUCUGAUUCUUGGGUUUUUGAAAAUGUCACUGCUUAUUUCUUCAGAGGUGGCGUCAAUAUCAAGUAUGUUGCUGUUGGUAAUGAGCCAUUCCUUAAAGCAUAUAAGGGUACCUAUCUAAAUAAAACCCUUCCAGCUCUCAAGAAUAUACAAACUUCACUCAACAAUGCAGGGUUAGGAUCAAAGAUCAAAGUUACUGUUCCAUUCAAUGCUGACAUUUACUAUUCACCAGACUCAAAUCCAGUUCCAUCAGCAGGUGAUUUCAGGCCUGAAGUAAAAGACAUCACUGUCGAAAUAAUCCAAUUUCUAUAUUCAAACAAUUCAACUUUCACAGUUAAUAUCUACCCUUUCCUUAGUCUUUACUAUGGAAAUGAUGUUUUCCCGUUUGAUUUUGCAUUUUUCGAUGGUAAAAACAAAUCUCUUAGAGAUGGCAAUGCUGUUUAUAACAAUGUUUUCGAUGCAAAUCUUGAUACCCUUAUGUGGGCUUUAGACAAAGCAGGUUAUCCUGAUUUGCAUGUUACAGUUGGUGAAGUCGGUUGGCCAACGGAUGGCGAUAAGAAUGCUAAUUCCGAAAAUGCGAAAAGGUUCAACCAAGGUUUCAUUAAACAUGCUCUAAGUGGUAAUGGUACACCAAAAAGAAAAGGCAUGAUUGAUUUUUAUCUAUUCAGUCUCAUUGAUGAAAAUGCUAAAAGUGUUGCACCAGGUAAUUUUGAGAGGCAUUGGGGGAUUUUCGAGUUUGAUGGAAAACCAAAAUAUGAAUUAGACAUAAAAGGUAAACAUAACGAAAAGGGUCUUAUUGCUGUUGAAGGGAUUAAGUACCUUGAAAAGAAGUGGUGUAUUUUGGAUCCAGAAGCUACUAAUUUGGAUGAAGAUUUAGCUAAAAGUGUUGACUAUGCUUGCAGCCAAUCUGAUUGUACAGCACUUGGCUAUGGCUCUAGUUGUAAUAAUCUAAGUCUUGAAGGCAAUGCUUCUUAUGCUUUCAAUAUGUAUUAUCAAGUUAAUAACCAGAUGGUUUGGGACUGUGAUUUUUCUGGUUUGGCUAUUGUUACGCGUGAGGAUCCUUCACAGAAUGGCUGCCAAUUCCCUUUGAUGGUCGCUAGCGCUUCGCAUUCAGGGCUUUCCAAGAUACUGCUGAAAGCAAUGGAGGUAUAUUUUUUUGCUAUGUUUUUGCUAUAGCUGGCAGAUUUAGGAAGCCAUAGAGUAUUGAAAUGUUUGUUGUGACUUGUGAGUCACAGAUUCAUGAAUUUUAUGUUAGA